AUGUCGAAGCCUGUAUUAACGGCUUGCAUCCGACUGCGCAUUGCUGCACAGCAGGCAAAACCCUCUGCGGCUAUUGGUCAAGCUUUGGGCCCACUCGGUAUCAACAUGAAAGAUUUUUGUAAAGACGUAAAUGCAGCUACUUCACAAUAUGUUCCCGGAAUUCCCGUUCAGCUCACUCUAAAUGCUUUUUCGGAUCAUUCAUACCACCUCGAAACGCGUUCGCCGCAAACCUCGUGGUUUAUUAAGCGUUGUGCUGGUGUAGACAAGUGCAGUUCAGAGCCCGGACAUACGAUCGUUGGAGAGAUCACACUGAAGCAAAUAUACGAGAUUGCAAAAGUGAAACAGCAAGAUCCCAACUUGAAGUCAAUUCCCUUGCAGAGCAUUGUCUCGCAGAUCAUUAACUCUACAAAGUCGAUGGGGAUCAAUGUCGUGAAGAAGCGUGCAGAUGGUAAAGUUUAG